UAAUUGGACAAAAAGGAGUCGGCUGUUCUACGCAAAGGAAGGUGUAUUUAUUUCUUGCGGGUAAUCCACUAUUUUGGUUGAUCCAUCAAUAAUCAAAAAUGUUUUCCCUGGUACUUCGUGAUGCUGCUCGCAGAAAUGCUGCGAAUCUUGUUAAGUCGUCGCGCCUUACUCCGCUAAAGGCCUACUCCACUAUUGUGGCAAACACAGAACGUCAGGUUUUGGCUAAACCUCUGGCCCUGGUCAAGAAUGUAGCGCCAGUGGUCGUGCGAAAUAUUUCUGCUAGUGCUCCUAAAAUGGCUGCUGCUGGUGGCAACCACACUACUUUGUGGACUGUGGAGAGAGUUGUAUCUGCAGCUCUAUUGGGUGUUAUUCCUGGCGCAUUCAUCUUUCCGUCGCAAGUGAUGGAUGCAUUGUUGGCAAUUUCUGUAGUGAUACACAACUAUUGGGGUAUUGAAGCAUUAGUUGUGGACUACAUGCGUCCAUCUGUAGUCGGCAAUGUAUUGCCUAAGCUUGCACACGGUGCUCUCAUCCUGAUAUCUAUGGCCGCAUUGGGCGGUCUGUUUUACUACAUCAAAAACGAUGUUGGUCUAGUUAACGGAAUCAAACGUUUCUGGGCGAUUAAAGGCAGUGAAGCUUAAAAACGACACACGUGGAUACGACAUUUGCUUAUUAAGUCAUUACCAGACAGCACUAAAGUGAUUUGGUGAUGGAGAUAAAAACAAUAACAGGCACCUUUUGUUACGUAUAUUCGUAUUUACAAUAAACAUUUAUGUAUGGCUAUUGUCAA